AUGAGUUUGGAUUUGCGAUCAAGUGAAUUGGAAUAUAGUUUCCUCAAGGAAAGAAUAAGUAGUACUGAAAAGCAUAUUUCUGCAAUCAGUUACAAUAUUUCGUCGUAUCUCGCACAGCAAGCCCACGUGAGAGAUUCAGGGGAUAAACUUGCCAAAACCAUUGAUCAGUUUGGAUCAAAGGAAACAUUGAAUAGGACUUUGCGGGCAGCCCUGGCAGAAUUUUCCGAUAUCCUGUCAACCGUUCAGGAAUAUAGAGAAACACAAAUUCGCCGAACAGAAGCAAAAGUAGUUGUCCAAUUAUCCAAGUAUGAUAAUAUUUGCAAGCUGGCCAAGGAUGAUUUGAAGAAAUGUUGUGAUGCUCGUUCCAAAGAACUAAAGAAGCAAAACUGUCUGGAGAAAGCAAGGAGCAAAAAUCCUUCUAACUGGCGCAAAAUUGUUGAAAAAGAAGUCAGUGAAGCACAGGAUCUCUCAAAUCGUACCAGCUGGAACCUUUUAAAGCAAAUGGAUCAUUUUGAAAAGCAAAAACUUGAAGAUAUGAAGAAUGCAUUUUUAGAAUUUAUCAAAAUUGAAAUGCUUUUCAAUUGCAAAUGCAUUGAACUUUAUACAAAAGCAUUUAAUGUUGUCAAAAGUAUCGAUUCAGAGGAGGAUUUAAAAGAUUCUAGUAUUAAUAUCAAAGAAACCAUUUUCACCCAGUCAACUGAAGUCCUUACUUCUAGUGAUAAUAUUAUCAUUACCCAAAGUAAAAGAGAAUUAACUGAGGUGAUUAUUGCUGUUGAAAAUUCAGCAGCAGUGGUACCUUAUGUUAAGGGCAUCAGUAAUCUUGGUUCAAUUUUGAACUGCCAGUGCAAAUUAGAUACUAAUGCUCUGUUGCUGUAA